GACAUAGUAACGACUGGUUUGUAAGUAUAUUUUGUUCGUGUAUGUAUAUUGUCCUCAAUAUAAGUACAUAUUAUAUUGUACAUUUAAAACUUGCAUAGCACGUAGGAUCCGUUUACUUGACCUCUACAUAAUAUUUAAAUUACAUACAAUGAAGAGCCUUGGAGUGUCCUGGUUUCUAAAAUACACUGGUUUAUCGAUAUCGGUUGCCUUCGGUAUGUUACAUUUGUAUAAUAAAUAUAUUGAACGUAAAAGGAGGAAUGCAUUGGAAGGGAAGGUUGUGGUUAUUACUGGCGCUAGUUCAGGCAUUGGGGAGGCACUAGCUCAUGCAUUUUAUGGAUAUGGCUGUAAUGUGAUAUUAGCAUCUAGAAGAAAAUCUGAGUUAGAACGAGUCAAACAGGAUCUUUUGUCUAAAAAAGUGGAGAAUGCAGUGGUUGAACCAGUAGUAAUUGAGUUAGAUUUAGCUGAUAAAAAUCAGUUUGAAUUAUUUAUUCAAAAGGUUUAUAAUGUUUGUGGAAAGAUAGAUAUUUUAAUAAAUAAUGGGGGUGUUUCACAUAGAGACUCUGUUAUGAAUACCAAGAUGGAUGUUUAUGAAAAGAUUAUGAACAUCAAUUAUUUUGGCUCAGUGGGUCUUACUAAAGCUGCUUUGCCCGGAAUGAUUGAACAAAAAAGUGGUCAUGUGGUAUUUAUUAGCUCGGUUCAGGGCCUUAUUGCAAUCCCUGAUCGCUCUGCUUAUGCUGCCUCUAAACAUGCCCUUCAAGCGUUUGGUGACUCACUACGUGCAGAAAUGGACCAAUAUAACAUAAAUGUAUCUGUUGUGAGUCCAGGAUAUGUUAAAACAGCAGUUUCUUUAAAUGCAUUGACUGGUUCUGGAGAUAAUCAUGGAGUUAUGGAUAAAAGCACUGCCUGUGGAUUUGCUGCUGAAUAUUGUGCUAUAAAAAUCUUAGACUCUGUGGUCCAGAAAAAUAAUGAACUGGUUGUAAGUCAGGUCACACCCAGAUUAGCCAUAUUUCUGAGGCAGGCUGCCCCAUCAUUAUAUUUCUGGAUUAUGGCUAAACGAGCAGUGAAGACUACAUAAGAAACCCAAUGGGAUGCCCAUGUUCAAUACAUUGGUUUGUUUGAUUGUUAUUGUAUAAUGUAUAAUAAAAAUGUAACACUUAAUGUUCAUUUCUUUAAAGUAAUUUUUUUUUAUCUUAGGCAUCAGUGUGUGCGUUGUAAACAUUGAUUAUUUGUUAAAUGACUUAAUCAGAAUAAUCAAUUAUGAGACAGGGAAAACUAUUUUACUUAAUUGGAAUAAAAAUUAUAUAUAUAAAACACAAA